CGCCGCUGGGGUGCGCUGGUUGUAGCGCCCGCUCUUCCGUCCCGCCUCCUGUUGCCCGCUGCCGCCCGGGAGCCCCGUGAGGGCUUGCGCCGCCGCCCGCCCCGCUGUGCGCCGCCUCGCCCCACCCGGCACCGCGGGCCCCUCACGAGCAGACGAUCGCCGCCCCGCUUCUUCCCUGCUAGCGCUCGGGCCGGCCCUAGCCAUGUCGAAGCCGCCACCUAAACCGGCCAAGCCAGGACAGGUUAAAGUGUUCAGGGCCCUGUAUACAUUUGAGCCCAGAACGCCAGAUGAACUGUACUUUGAAGAAGGAGAUAUCAUUUACAUCUCAGACAUGAGUGACACAAAUUGGUGGAAAGGAACUUGCAAAGGGAGAACUGGACUAAUUCCAAGCAACUAUGUGGCAGAACAAGCUGAGUCUAUUGAUAAUCCACUGCACGAAGCUGCCAAACGUGGCAACCUAAGCUGGUUGAGAGAAUGUUUGGAUAAUCGAGUUGGAGUCAAUGGCUUAGACAAAGCUGGAAACACAGCUCUGUACUGGGCAUGCCAUGGAGGCCACAAAGAUAUAGUGGAUGUUUUGUUUACCCAGGCAAACCUAGAGCUAAACCAACAGAACAAAUUGGGAGACACAGCUUUGCAUGCUGCUGCAUGGAAAGGUUAUGCUGAUAUUGUAGAGGUGCUGCUGGCAAAGGGGGCAAGAACAGAUCUGAAGAACAAUGAAAAGAAACUGGCUUUAGAUAUGGCAACAAAUGCAGCUUGUGCUUCUCUGCUCAAGAAGAAACAGAGUGCAGGUACAGUCCGAACAUUAAGUAACGCAGAGGAAUACCUCGAUGAUGAAGACUCUGAUUAGCUUUUUUCAUUCAGCUUAAGGAACUUUAACAUGUGCUGCCUAUGUCAUUCCCAAAACAUAUCUUUACAACUGUAAAAAUAUCUUGCUUAGAGUGUUGCAGGCUUUCAAUAUACCUUAUAAGUGAGAGGGUGGAAUCAUGCUUUCCAAAGGAAUAAUCUUCAUGCAUACUAGAGGAUGCCACAUUUAAAAUCAGACUUCCUUCAGAAUUAACUCACAGAAAGUGUGGCAUAUCCUUACUGUUGAACAGAUAGAGGACCACCUUCUAAACUCACAGGUUUCAUCUCAGGCCUUACCAGCAAGUGCCUUGUGUCUCUGGAACAUACUCCUCAAACUGAAAGGUCCCUCUGGGACAGCAGAACAACAUUGCUAAUGUUUCCCCAACUCCCUGGGUAUAGGUUCCUAUGUGCAGAUAAUACUGGCAAACACAGUAUUGGCGGACAGGCAUGAAUGGAGAUGCUGCUAUAAAGAGUAACUGUCUUUUGCCCACAUCGAGCCAACAAGAUACAGUUUAGAUUUCAGUUUUGGGUGGUUUUUUUUAAUCCUGCUAUACCUUCCUGUACCCCUCUUAAGUAAGAAUGACAUGGGAAAAUCUGACCCUGGAUGCUUUAUCUUCUCUAUUGCUAUGGGCCCAAUCCCUGAAAUGUAAACUCAGGUGAAAUGCUUGCUUAAGUCACUUUUGCUUGAGAUAUACAGUUAAUUCUGGAUUUAGUGACCUGACUAUUUUGCUUUUUGAAGUCCAUUAUGCUGAAACUAUUUGUAGUGAAAGGAUGACAGAAUAUUUUUCUAUUUAACCUGCCUAUUUUUUUUUUUACUGAUCUCUUGCUUUUAUUUUUCAAAAGUGUUCUUAUAUUUUGUCCUCAAUUACCUCAAAGAUGAAGUGUGUUUGAAGGAAUGAAGGAAGAUGUAUAUCAAGUAUACCACAGGUAUCUUUAGAAGGGAUAUCUGAAGCUGAAUAAACAGUUGAAAAAUG